CUGGGCCUCGAGUGGCAGCUCAGUCAGGAGCCGCGGCUCAGGCAGCCUCAGCCCUGCAACUGUUAUCGAAUCGGCAAGAAAGGAUAGUUGAGGGUCAAACAAGACGCCAAGGUUCCGGACUGGCUCAAUGAGGUGCCCGGACUUGGAGAGAGAUUGCAGCCAGUUACGCUACCUUGAGCCUCAUCUGCAGGACUGUAGCUAUGAACCUGGCAAGACCAGUGGUAGAGGUGGUGAACCUGGGCAGGAUGGGGUACACCGAGGCCCUGCUGGCACAGAGGAGGUACGUGCAGCGACACCUGGACACGCUGUUCCAACCCAGCCACACAGCCAACACUCUGCUGUUGUGUGAGCACCCACCCGUCUUCACGGUAGGCAUCAGGCGAGCUCCCUACCCCGCCCAGGAUGAGGAGAGGUUGAGAGCCCUGGGUGCGGAGUUCCAUCGGACAGACCGAGGAGGACUGAUCACGUUCCACGGCCCCGGCCAGCUGGUGUGCUACCCCGUCCUGGACCUGCGUGGCUUCCGCAAGAGCCUGCGCUGGUAUGUGGGCGAGCUGGAGGCCACCGCCAUGCAAGUCUGCCACAUGUUCGGCAUCUCAGCAGAGACAUCAGCUGACACCGGAGUCUGGGUUGGAGACAACAAGAUCUGCGCUAUCGGGAUUCACUGUGGCCGAUACAUCACCUCACACGGGUUGGCACUGAACUGCAAUGUGGACCUGGGCUGGUUCUCGCACAUCACGCCCUGCGGCAUCACGGGCAAGGGCGUGACCUCCCUGAGCCGGGAGCUGGGGAGGGCAGUGAGCGUGACUGAGGCCGUCCCACCCCUGCUCCAGGCCUUUGCUGAGAGAUUCAACUGCACACUGGUGGCGAUGGAGACCACAGCCCACGUGACCUAGUCCACUCCACACUUCUCCCCGAUUACUGCUCUCGGACAGGGUCACCGAGGAGAGAUGGAAAUAUUGGGAAACCAGGAAAUAGAACCAGGACGCCCAAGAAAUGAUCUCGUUUUUUUUGCCCAGCCGGGUAUCUGACACAUGGGGAAACCCAUCACCAU